AUGGUGCGUGCUCUAAGAAGGGAACACUCACUCAAGCGACAUAUUAACGAUGCAGCAGUAUCCAAGGACAACUCGAAGAAGGAUUCAGUUGCCAAUCCGGCCAACAUACCUCCCCCCAAGACUGAUAAGCCGCGUCCCCACGGCUGUACAACAUGCGGUCGGUCAUUCGCCCGACUAGAACAUCUCAAGCGCCAUGAGCGUUCACACACAAAGGAGAAACCGUUCGAGUGCCCCGAUUGUUCACGUUGCUUCGCACGUCGAGACCUUCUUCUCAGACAUCAGCAGAAGCUUCAUAUGGCAACAACUCCAUCUUCGCGGCCUAGAAAUGCUCGAAGGGAAAGCACAGGUGCUGCUGGUGCGGGAGCAAAUCGUGUGCGCAAGAACUCGAUAGCGAGCAACUCGAGUAAUAUGCGCCCGCGCGCGAACACGAUCAGCCACAUCGACGGAGCUGGGCUUGGGCUCGUCGGCAAUGCGAACCCGGCUCCUGGACCGACCGGCCAUCCUGGUCAUGCCUAUCACCCCAGCCUCGGUUCGUCUGUGGGUUCAGGAAUCGACUAUCGGGGCUAUUCUGCGACCCAUCAACCUCCGGUAAAUGGCCUCACGAAGCUUGAGACGCAUGGACUGCCUAUGGAAAUUUCCGGGGGGCUCCGGACGGCGCCGGUAUAUGGCAGCUUCGAGUUCAACAUUCCAGAGUACAUCGGUCACGGCAGCACCAUCAAUCCAGCUCAGCUCCACUUUGGGGGUUCCCCGCAACACUACGGGAAUGACGCCCCCUCCUCUCCAUAUGGUACCCACCAUAUGCCUCAAGCCAACGAUGCCAUUAUGGAGGACGAGUACCAGUUUGAGUAUGAUUGGAUGCAGAGAUUCGACCCGUCACUGCCACUGGGUAAGAACAAUGAAUCUGCCAUUGAUGAGUCCUCACCCUCGGCUAUGAGCACCGGCAGUCAGAGUGGAAUCAGCGAGCCUAUGAUGGAUGGGUCAAACCAGUUCUCAAUGCCCUCCGUGGGCUGGCAGAACCAGUUUCCACCCCAUCCGGCGACGUCCGCGAGUCAGUUCGCCGACUAUAGCUCAACUACUUUUAAUGAUCUAGGCAUUCCACCUGAGACGGUCUCUCCCAAGUCCCUGAUGGCUCAAAACCCUUUUGCUGAGGCAUAUGCCACUCCCCCGUCCAUGACUUCCGUGGGCCAGCCUAUGCUGGGGGCACAUUCGCAGAGCAGUAUGUUUUCAUCCUCCAUGGCAACAAGCGGAGAAUCUCCUAAUCCUCUCAACCUACCUUUCGCGAAUAGUGCCCUACGAACUCACCAUGCCCCAGCCUCAACCGAUACCUUUACAGACUCCACACGACGGGCUUUAUUAGCCAGCAUGGCACAACCCACAGGCUUCAACCACCGCAAGUUCUCUCAGCCGGCAACCGGAAUGAUUCAAUGUCGCGAUCUUUACUCCCGUUCUUCUUCUUUCAGCUUGAACUCCGCUAGUCAACUACCGAGCACAGCAGACAUGCAGCGAUUUAUCUCCGCAUACAUCACCUAUUUCCAUCCUCAUUUACCUUUCCUACAUAUACCCACCUUAAAUUUCCAGGCACCCGAGUACACCAAUAAUCUGCGCACCCCGAGCGGCCAUCUUAAUCUCAGCUCCACUGGUGUGGCCGGUGGUGGAGGCUGCUUGAUCCUCUCCAUGGCAGCCAUUGGUGCCCUUUACGAAUUUGACACCGCAUCUUCAAAAGAUCUCUUCGAAGCCUCCAAGAAGAUGAUUCAACUUUAUCUCGAAGAGCGCCGGAAGGCUGAUAUGUCAACGGCUGUUUCUCGUUCCGCCAAUGCACGCGAUAAUUCUGUGCACAACACCCCACUUUGGCUGGUGCAGGCGAUGCUACUCAACGUUAUUUAUGGCCAUACUUGUGGUGACAAGACUUCUGCAGAUAUUGCAAGUACUCACUGCGCGGCCCUUGUUAGUCUUGCGCGUGCGGCUGAAUUAACGCGCCACAUUGACGCGAAAGAUCUUCCACAAGACCACCUGAACGCUGGCUUUGCUGGUGGAAGUGACGCGCCGAGACAAGACUCGGAAUCGGACGCCUGGAAUCAAGCUUCGUUCGGUCCACCAAAAGAGAAGAAAGAUUGGCUGGACUGGAAAAUUGUAGAGGAACGGAAACGGACAGUAUAUGCGAUUUUCGGCGCCUCAUGUUUUCUGGUAUCCGCGUACAACCACGCACCUGCUUUGACCAAUUCCGAGAUCCGUCUGGACCUUCCCUGUGAAGAGGAUGUCUGGGCUGCAGAAUCGCCCCAAGCCUGGAAGAAAAUGGGUGGUCACCUUGCCUCGAAGAAGAACGUUGCCUUCUCUUCCGCGCUGACAAUGUUACUGACUGCUGGUCGGCGAGCACAAAGUUCUGGCCCCGGUAUUACCGCCGAGGACCCAAAAAGCGGCGACCUUGCACCCAGUUCUUUUGGCUGCUUCGUGUUGAUUUACGCUAUACACAACUACAUCUGGGAAACUCGCCAGCGCCAUAUGGGUCGGCAAUGGACUACAAGAGAGACGGAUGCUAUGCGAGCCCACAUCGAACCUGCUCUACGGGCAUGGCAAACGGCGUGGUCUACGAAUCCUCAGCACAGCCUAGAGCGACCGAAUCCCUGGGGGGCUGGCCCUCUCUCCGCCGAUAGCAUUCCUCUAUUAGAUCUUGCUUAUGUUCGGCUUUAUGUUGAUCUCGGGCGCUGCAAGGAGGCGUUUUGGCAGCGCGACUGGAAUGCCAUGGCUGAUGAACUAGCUCGUGGAACGGAUAUGGACAAUGCUCCAGACGGGAUCCCUUCAGAUGUUUUGGAUCCGUCAAUCACAGAAGACGUAAUGCAGAUGAAUGUCCGGCGUGACUCAAUAGCCGACCUUGGCGUGGGAGAGCUUGCUAUAUCACAAACCCCUACGCAAGAGCGACCGAUGCACCCGCUAUUAGGUGUAUACCGGCCUGGACAGACCAAACGCGAAAAACUUCUACGCAGAGCUGCGUGUUACGCCGCAGAUUCAUUCGCCAUGUCUAAUCACCUAGGCAACACUUUUGCCGAUUUCACCUGCCGGGAACUCCCUCUCCAAAGCGCAAUGUGUACCUUUGACUGCGCCGAAGUUCUCGCUGAAUGGGUCACAACGGUUCAAGAACGUGUAGGGUCGUAUCUAGGAAUCCUAGGUCGGGAUGAGGUUGAUUUUGCACAAGCCGUCCAGAGCAUGCUUCUUGAAGAUGAAGACUGCAAGCUUUUGGAAAAAGUCGGUGGUAUAAUUUCCAGCAUUGAAGAAAAAAUGCAAAAGGAUGUGCACAACAGUACGGCUGUAGCUGGAAUGAACCUCUUACAACGACUGUCAGGAAAUACGGAGGGAGGUUACGGCUGUAAGAUACUACUUACUACGGCCAGCCUUCUCGACAGGGCGUCCGUAUGGCCAGUGAUGAAAAUUAUGGCUCGAUCCCUCGAGUCCCAAGCUAUGCGGUUGAAAGAACGCGCGGAGCAUUCAAUCAUUGCCGCAAAUCAUUGA